AUGUCUGACACCGCAACCCGUCCCGCUGGCUACAUGAGCGACUCCGAUGACGGCCAGGCUUCCGGCGGCCGCAAGGUCUCCGCUAACGUCGGUGCCAUGCCACAGGCACCUUCAUCCUCGAGCCUCAACCGCCCCGCAGGAUCCAUUGUCAAGGGUCCCGUUGACGACAAUGGCAAGCUGAAGGACGCUGCUUUGCUCCUCGGUAUCAAGCUCGACUUGGAGGCGGAGAUUCACUUGACGGCACGGAUACGUGGAGAUAUUACGAUUGGAUUGUACUGA